AGAUGGAGAGCAUUGUACAGUGGUCAAGAUUGUCUGAACAGUUUUUGGCUGAAAAUAUGAGAGACAGACGAUGCUUAUGGGACCAUAAGCACGAUAGCUUCAUGAAAAAGGGCCUCAAAAGGAAAAAUUACUUAGAAAUCACCCUGCAACUAAGAGAGAACUUUCCUGAACUUGCUGAUCUUUAUACAGAUCAAGUGCGGACAAAAUUCAAUAAUCUGAAGGCAUACUUCAAUAGGGAAUACAAAAAAAUUCAGUGUACUCCAAGUGGUUCAGCUGGUAAACCAAGCUCAAAGUGGGAACUAUUUGAUGUGAUGUGUUUUUUAAAAGAUACAGUGGCUCCACAUCCUACAUAUUCCAGUGAUAUUAGUAAUCAAGUAAAUUCUAUAGAUACUCCUUUAGUUAUUGAAGUUGAUCAGAACACAUUUGAUUCAUUUCCAAUUGGAGAGGGAAGCGGAGAAUCAAGUAUGGCCUCUCUAAUUCAACCUGUUACCCCAAACUUUGACCAGUCAAGUGGAGAUAUUGAUCAGACUGAUACACCAAUAACUCCCACAGCUUCAUCUUCAGCACAGAGCCAAAAGCCAAGUAACAGCAGUAAGAAGAGGAAGCUACAAAAUUCCUUUGAGGAAGAAUGUCUGCAGACCCUCAAAGAAUUGGACAGCUCAAGCAAUACUAGUAAGCCUACACAUGAUGACUUUAGUUACAAUUAUUCAAGAAUAGUGGAGGACUGGUUACGGUCCCUAUCAGCAAAGGGUCAAAAGGUGGCAUCACUGAGAAUUUCCAAAGUCCUCAUGGAUGUUGAGGAAGAAUAUGGCUUACCUGAUGAUAUAUGCAAACAGUAA